GAGUAUUUUUAGGCUGAUAGUUGAUGAUGGUCAGUGGUGGGGAAAAUCAGAGUUAGUGGCGGCAGUGCAGUAGCUGCCUGUGAAUAUGGAUGACAAGGGGAGACGCUGAUGUACUGUGGAUUUAACAGCUUUUUUAACGCCAUUAAACACACUGGACUUGGGUUAUUUGUAUGCAUUCAACCUUAAUUUGUUGUGGCUAAAAUUAGGGACACUGGAGGUAGAUGUGAGGGAUAAUUGCAACUGGUGAGAGAAGCCCUCCACUGGGCCCCUCCAUCCCAGCCCUCCCUUACACCAACAUUCCCCACAGCCAACAUGUUCUCCUCCAACUUUCUGAGUGGAGGGAAUCCUCUAAGUGCGAUGUCCUCUGCUGUGAACAAGUUCAGUCUUUUUGGGGAUGAGGCACCUGAGGAAAAGCAACAACAGCAGCCUACAGGUCCUUCAAAGCAGAAGGAUCCUCAACAGCAGGGGAACGGCCAACCAGCCUCACAGGGACCUCAGAGGCAAAGUGGACAGCAGCCGCAGGGUGUGGGACGGGGAGCCCAAGGAGCUGUACGGGGUGGAUCUCAACCACUAGGAGCUGGACGGGGUGGACCUCAACCACAAGGAGCUGGACGUGGUGGACCUCAACCACAAGGAGCUGGACGAGGUGGACCUCAACCACAAGGAGCUGGACGUGGUGGAUCUCAACCACAAGGAGCUGGACGGGUAGGAUCUCAAACACAAGGAGCUGGACUGGGAGGAUCUCAACCACAAGGAGCUGGACGUGGUGGAUCUCAACCACAAGGAGCUGGACGGGGAGGAUCUCAACCACAAGGAGCUGGACUGGGAGGAUCUCAACCACAAGGAGCUGGACGAGGAGUUCCUAUACAGCAAGGAGCUGGUAGAGGUCUCCCACAGCAGGGAGUGGGGAGGGGGGGAUUGCCACAAGGAGCAGGUGGGGGUGGAUCUCCUAAGCAGGGUGUUGGGAAGGUUGGACCUCAACAACAAGGCCCAAGAGGACCUGGGUCUCAUCCAGCAGGUGCAGCUGGGUCAAGGCCUCCUUCAGCAGAGCCUCAGGUGAAAGAUGGAGCUGGGGUGAAAUCCCUCUGUCCAGUCUGUAAAAAUACAGAACUCAGUUUUAAGUCCAAGGAUUCCCCCAACCAUAACACCUGCACACAAUGUAAAUCAGUGGUCUGCAACAUGUGUGGGUUCAGUCCUCCAGAUGCAACUGCUAAGGAGUGGCUUUGCCUGAAUUGCCAGAUGCAGAGAGCUCUGGGAGGGGCAGAAAGUAGUGAACCUCCUACGCUAAAAGCCCAGCCACAGUCCAAGGUCUCCGUACCAUCACAGAACCCCGCAAAGAAAGACACACCUCAUAGUAAGCAGAUGCCUCCAUCUGCCAGCCAGCCAACCAAACCAACAGACGGUCAGAAACCGUCAAGCCAGUCUAGCACAAGUGCAGCUCAUCCAUCGCCGCAAACGUCACAACAAAAACUUCUUCCACAGCAGGCAACAAAAGAUGCUCCUCCUGCCAAAAGUGAGCCACCAUCAAAGACUGAGCCCCCUAAAAAAGAAGAAGAGUCCAGUUUCUUUGGUUUUGGUUUUAGUGGCGCUCGAUCCCGCUCUCCCUCUCCACAGCCUGGUGCCUCUUCUGUUUCUGGGAAGGUUCUAGGCUUCGGUUCUUCGUUCCUUAGUUCAGCAUCCAAUUUGAUUUCGGCUGUCCAGGAUGAGCCCUCGACAACUCCACCAACCUCUCGAAAGGGUUCUGCCGUUUCCCAAACUUCUGCCAAGACCACCACACCCCCUUCUACCAGAAAAGAUUCAGAGGGCUCUAAGGGCCCCCCCAAUCAUCCUAAAUCACAGACACUGGAAGGAAAAAAGCAACAGCAACAAAAUAAACCCCAAGACACUCAAAAACCAACGACAACGAAGGAAUCCUCAUCUGCUCAGGCUACUAAAAUAGAUCAAAGCCCGAAACUUCUUCCCAAAGCCUGUCCACUUUGCAAGGCAGGCCUGAGAAGAGAUCCUCCCAACUAUAGUACCUGCACUGAAUGCAAGGCCACUGUGUGCAAUCAGUGUGGAUUUAAUCCUGUGCCUCAUCAAACGGAGGCAAAAGAAUGGCUUUGCUUAAACUGCCAGACACAGAGAGCGCUGAAAGGAAUAGAGCCUCCAGGACAACCCACUGUAAAGCCCAGCAAAUCUCAAAAAAUGGAUUCUACACUUGGUCCUUUAGAGAAACAGCCCAAUGCUUUGCCAACAAAGGCUAGUCAUGCCACCCAACCUGCUGCUCAUAAAAAGGAGAUGCAUGAACAACAGACUAGUGCAGAAGGAGCAAAGCAAGCUCCCUCCCCUAAACCUUUACCGCAGCCGACAGCAAAAAAUGCUCCCUCUUCUUCCGUGUCUAAAGCAGCACCAAAGGCUGAGACUGAGCAAGAACAGUCAGGAUUUUUCAGCUUAGGCUUUGGUGGAGCCCGGUCACGAUCACCAUCCCCUCAGCCCGCUGUUUCCGCCAUGUCUGGUAAGGUCCUAGGAUUUGGGUCCUCAUUUCUGAGCUCAGCAUCUAAUCUUAUUUCAUCAGCAGUUCAAGAUGAACCUUCUACGACACCACCAACUAAUCCCCAAGCAUCUUCAGUCUCUCAAACUUCUCCCAAGACCACUACUCCACCAAUGUCUUACAAAGGCUCCACAACAUCACAAGGGGCUGCAAUAUCAGAGUCUACAGGAAAGGCUAAUGAAUCAGUUGGUCAUAAAGAAGAGAAAAAGACAGAGCCAACUGCUGACCAAAACAACAAAGCACCAAUAUCUAAAAAAUCUGAACCUUCUUCAGAGAUGCCAAAAGCAGUCAAAGGCCCUCAACCCCCACCCAAAUCCUGCCCGCUCUGCAAGGUAGAAAUAAAAAAGGACCUAGUUAACUACAGCACCUGUACUGAGUGCAAAAACACUGUGUGUAAUCUAUGUGGAUUCAACCCAACACCCCAUCAAACAGAGUUGAAAGAGUGGCUUUGUCUAAACUGUCAGACACAAAGAGCUCUCAAAGGAAUGGAGCCACCAGGACCUACAAAGUUGGAGACCGCAGAACAGCCCAACAAAAACCUUGUUUCUCAACCACUGGCUUCACCCUCAAUCCAAAAGAAAGGUGCUUCUGAAUUGGACAAGUUUGACAAGAAAACUGACCCUGGUCAGAAAUUAUUACAGGACCAACAAAGCAAGGCUCCGAAUGGUACUCUGCCAAUCCAAAAAGCCCAGCAGCAAGAAAAUAAAGCCAAAUCUGAAGUCCCUGCCAAAACAGCAAAGGAAGAAUCUGGAUUUUUUGGUUUUGGAGGUGUUAGGUCAAGGUCUCCAUCUCCUCAGCCUGCUGUGUCUGCUGUUUCUGGGAAGGUUCUUGGCUUUGGCUCUUCCUUUCUCAGCUCAGCAUCUAAUUUAAUAUCUUCAGCUGUGCAAGAUGAGACAUCUACAACACCACCAACCUCCCGCAAAGCUUCAACAGUUUCCCAGAACUCAACACCACCCACGUCUCGAAAGAGCCCUGCUGUUCCACAGACCACAAACACAGGGGACAUAAAACAACCUACCACACAAAAACAAGACACACAGAUAUCUGAGUCACUUAAUCUAGCCAGCAAAUCUUCUGUUAAAGCAAAACCAGACCAAUCAGUGUCUGUGGAAGUUGAUAAAACUCCCCUGCCUCUUCCCAAAAUCUGUCCACUUUGCAAGGCAGAUAUUACCAGUGAUCCUCCUAACUUCAGCACCUGCACUGAUUGCAAAAACAUUGUGUGUAACCGUUGUGGAUUUAACCCCAUACCUCUUCAAAAGGAGGUGAAGGAAUGGCUUUGUUUGAGUUGCCAUAUAAAGAGAACACAUGAGCCUUCGACUCUAAAUCCCCAGCUACAGGCUAAUACUUACUCGCAUCAAGACAAAACAACUCCAUAUCAGCCUCAUCCAGUAGACAGUAGAACUGAGGACAAGUCAAAAACAGUACUUGGAAAAUCCACUUCUACGUCUACAACACAAAAUCCCCCAAAGGAAAAAAAACCUGCACAAAAAGAAACUCUAAAACCUCAACAGCCAAAAGAUGGUACUGCUUUAGCCAAAUCCGAAACUACAACAAAAAAAGAUUCUUCUAAAGAAGAUACUGGUUUCUUUGGCUUUGGUUUUAGUGGUGCUCGAUCUCGAUCCCCUUCGCCUCAACCUGUUGUCACUGAGAAGGUUCUAGGCUUUGGUUCCUCCUUCCUCAGCUCAGCAUCUAAUCUUAUAUCUUCAGUAGUUCAGGAUGAAUCCUCCACAACACCACCAACACCUCGUAAAGGUUCAACAAUUUCCCAGACCUCUGUGAAGUCUACGACGCCACCCGUCUCUCGUAAGGGUUCAUCAGUUUCACAGACGUAUCUCAAAACCACAUCUGCUGUUGAAACAGCAUCUUCAUCUCGCAAGGAAUCUACAGCAUCUCAGGACUCAACAAAAAUGCAGGCUGGGGAAAGUAAACCUCUUUCUCAAAAGCAACUGGAAGACAAGAAGUCCCUGCAACCUCAACCUUUCAAAGCACCAUCUACACCUCCAUCAAAGCCUCAACAAGCUGAUAAGUCCUCUCAGUCUCAUCCUAAAGAAUGCCCACUUUGCAAAGUGGAGCUCAAGAAAGAUCCUCCUAAUUUCAACACCUGCACUGGAUGCAAGAGCAUUGUAUGCACAUUAUGUGGGUUUAAUCCCAUGCCUCAUCAAACCGAGGGAAAGGAGUGGCUUUGCUUGACCUGUCAAGUGCAGCGGGCAUCAAUGCCUUCCAAUGCAGAGCAAGCUCAAGCUAAGAAAGUCGACCAAGUGCCAAAGGAGCAGCAAGAUGUUCUAGAAUCCAUGCUGAAGAAACAAAAUGCAGAGGAAGUCACCAAUACUGGUCAGAAAAUAGCUGUAGUUGGGGGAAAGAAGCCCACUGAUGUUUCACCACAACAGCUGAAUCAACCUAAUACCUCACAGCAGAUGAAAUUGGACAAGCCUCAAGAAAAACAAACCAAACUACCACCAAAGGCUCAACCUCAUCAAGAGGAGUCUGGAUUUUUUGGUUUUGGCUUUGGUGGGGCCCGAUCCAGGCCUCCUUCUCCUCAGCCUGCUGUUUCUGCUGUGCCUGGGAAAGUUUUAGGCUUUGGUUCAUCCUUCCUUAGCACAGCCUCUAAUCUGAUAUCAUCAGCUGUUCAAGAUGAACCCACAACACCACCAACCUCCCGCAAAGGUUCAUCAGUUUCAGAAACCACAGCUCCCCCCUCCCCCCGUAAAGGCUCUGCAAUGUCUCAGUCAUUGUCCAACAGCAGCACCUCAUCUAGCUUACAAAAAGGUUCUGAGACCAUGCAAGGUUCGCCGAAAGCUUUACGUAGUACAGAUACUAAACAUUCAAUUGGACAGAAACAAGAGGAGCAGACAGCAUUACUUCAACAGGCUAAGGAGUCAUCAAAUAAAGUGAAAGAGGAUAAAUCAGAGACACCAAAGGAUUUAUCCAAGCCUCUUCCCAAGGUCUGCCCACUUUGCAAGGUGGAGCUCAAGAAAGAUCAAUGGAACAGCUGCACAGAAUGCAAAAAUAUUGUAUGUAACUUGUGUGGGUUCAACCCCAUUCCCCAUCAAAAUGAGGUGAUGUGGCUUUGUUUGGCAUGUCAAAUGCGGAAAGCACCAGAACCUCCUCCUGUGCAGCUUCAGUCACAUGCUAAGGAAUUUGAACCAGUUAGAAUGGAUAUUCCCACUUCAGAUGCUUCACAGAAAAAGCCACAUCCUCCAGCAGAGACAGUUCAAAAGGAUAAGAAACCAGAAUUAGCAGGGAAACAAGACAAUAAGCUAACUUUAAAAGAAACAGAACAACCCAGCCGAGAAACAAAAAGAAAGCAACAGCAUACUGCAGAAGUUACAAAUUCAGAAUCUCAAAAAAUAGAUCCGCAACAAGACAAAUCUGGAUUAUUUGGGUUUGGUUUUGGUGGAGCUAGAUCUCGAUCCCCUUCUCCUCAGCCUGCUGUCUCUGCUGUCUCAGGGAAAGUUCUAGGAUUUGGUUCCUCCUUCUUAAGCUCAGCAUCUAAUUUAAUCUCGACAGCUGUUCAAGAUGAAUCCUUCACAGCACUGUCUAGUUCUCGCAAGGCUUCAACAGCUUCUCAAAUUUCUGAUAAGACACCACCAACCUCUCGCAAAGGUUCUGCAGUUUCUCAAAUCUUCGAUAAAAUUAAUUCCAGUCCACCUUCCUCUCGCAAGGGUUCUGAAGUUUCGCAGACAUCUUUUAGAAUGAGUCCUCCAACCUCACGAAAGGGGUCUGAAGCUGCCGUAAACUCUAAAAACAAUAUUGACAAUACAGAUGGGACAAAAAAUAAGGUUGCAGAGAAAGGUGAAGAAACCACUAAAGGAGCAACACCACAGCAACAAGAACAAGGAAAGAUGGAAGAUGAAGCUGUGUCUGUGUCCUCUGAAGUGUCUAGAGGUAGAUCUCAGUCUCCUUUAGUUCCACCUGCAGCAUCUGCUGUCUCUGGGAAGGUCUUAGGAUUUGGUUCCUCCUUGUUUAGCUCAGCAAGUAAUCUGAUCUCAUCAGCUCCAGACGAGCCUUCAACAACACCACCCACUUCUCGCAAAGGUUCCACAGCUUCCCAGCUAUCUGCUAAGACUACAACACCACCUUCUUCUCGUAAAGGCUCAUCUGUUUCCCAGACUUCAGACAAGAACAUCACUUCACCUUCCUCACGAAAGGGCUCUGAAGUUUCUCUGACAUCUCUCAAGACCAGCAAACUUACCACUUCUCAAAAAGUAUCUGAUGCCUCUCCUAAAAUGCAUCAUUCAGAUGACAAAAAAGUACAUCCUGAAAAUAUAGAAGAGCACAAAACAGAAGAGAAAUCAGUCAGUCUGGCACAGUCAACAACUGUAUCAGUAACAAAAGAUACAGCUGUACCUGAAACAACAAGUACAGAGUCCACUAAAUCACUUCCCAAAGCCUGUCCUCUCUGUACGGUUGAUUUGCAGAAGGAGCCUCCCAAUUAUGAUACCUGUACCGCGUGCAAAAACACUGUGUGUAAUCUAUGUGGCUUUAACCCUAUGCCGCACGAGACAGAGAAAAAAGAGUGGCUAUGUCUGAACUGCCAGAUGCAAAGAGCGCAAGCUGAGGCUAACAAAGUACCUCCACCGGUAUCACCACUAAAAAAAGUGACACCAGCUCCUGUUCCUCCACAGAAGAAGCCACUUCAUGACUCCAUAGAUGCCACUGAAAAAGAAAAGACUGAUCUAUCUGCAGGUACAACACCAGGGUCUACUAAGGAAAGUUCAGUUCCAUCAACACAGAAGCCACCUCAGCAGCAGGACAUCAAAAGCCCAGUACAGCCAGCACAGAAGGAUGAUAAUGUAUUCACAAAAUCUACUGCACUGACAAAGACUGCAUCCACAAAAGAAGAGAGUGGCUUUUUUGGUUUUGGACGCUCUAGAUCACCAUCUCCCCAACCUGCUGCUCCUAGUGUUUCUGGAAAGGUAUUUGGAUUUGGUUCUUCACUCUUGAGUUCAGCUUCUUAUCUUAUAUCCACUGCUGUACAAGAUGAAUCCUCCACAACACCUUUUGCAACACAGGGGGUUUCAGCAGCUUCUCAAACUCCUGUGAAGACUACAUUAACACCAGCUACUUCUCAGAAAGGAUCAGCUGAUUUGUCACCUAAACAUGUAGCUAAAUCUGUGGAAGAGAAGCAGAAAGACCAGAAACCAGAAGAGAAAAUGACAAAAGUUCAGGAAAAAGCUGUAAUAAAAAAGAAUGACGACAAAUCAGAGCCUCCAAAAACUUGUCCACUUUGUAAGACAGAAAUAAUAAAGAAUCCACCAAGUUACAACACUUGUACUAAUUGCAAGAACACUGUGUGUUAUCUCUGUGGAUUCAACCCAAUGCCACACCAAACAGAGGUGAAGGAGUGGCUGUGUUUGAACUGCCAGAUGCAGAGAACUCCCGAACGUUCAGUUGUGCAACCUGGACCACAGACUACUAAAUUACUUCCAACUGCAUCACCACAAAAACAAGGCAUUCUGGGUGUUGUAGCAGAGGAUCAGAAACUUAAUACUUCUGGGAAACAAGACAAACAGAAUCUGGCAGAUUCAAAACAACCUACAUUAGAAUCUCAAAUGCAGAAAAGUGAUGUCUUUCCUGCCAAAUCUGAUCAACCAUCUAAACCUGAACCUCCUAAACAGGAUUCCGAUUUCUUCAGCUUCGGUUUUGGUGGUUCUCAUUCAAGGUCACCAUCUCCACAGCCCACUGUGUCUGCUGUCUCUGGGAAAGUUCUAGGCUUCGGCUCAUCAUUCCUUAGCUCAGCAUCCAAUCUGAUCUCCUCAGCUGUCCAGGAUGAACCUUCUAAAACUCCACCAACAUCUCGCAAAGGGUCUACAGUUUCCCAGACUUCACACAAGACCACACCAACACCCCCCACUUCUCGAAAAGGAUCAGUAGCUCCCCAGAACACUAAACUAAAUCCACUUGCAGUGGAAUCAAAGCCAACCUCUACACCAAACAAAGAACAGGAAAAGCCACCAGAUGCUCAAACAUCCAAACCUCUACAAGCUCAAGUAAAAGAGGAGCCUCCAAAAAUCUGCCCACUCUGCAAAGAGACCCUCAAGAAGGACCCACAGAACUACAGCUCUUGCACAUCUUGCAAGAACAUUGUUUGCAAUCUUUGUGGAUUCAAUCCUAAUCCACAUCGAACUGAAGUAGAAGAGUGGCUGUGUUUGACCUGCCAGAUGCAGAGAACUGCAGGACCUCCCCCUGGUCAGCCACAACCACAAUCUAACAAAAUACUUCCACAAGCAUUUCCACAAAAAGAAGAAACUUCAGUCUCACCUUCUCCAGAGAAGUCAAGUGUUAUAGCUGAGGCAGGCAAGAAAGAGUUUGAUACUUCUUCCAAUUCUGCUUUACCACCUAAAGAUGAACAGCUUAAAGAAGAGUCAAGUUUCUUUGGCUUUGGUUUCGGCGGUGCUCGUUCCCGGUCUCCCUCUCCUCAAACUGCUGUCUCUGAUAAGGUUUUUGGUUUUGGAUCCUCCUUCCUCAGCUCAGCAUCUAACCUGAUCUCUUCGGCUGGUCAGGAUGAAUCCUCCUCCAUAAUUCCACCAACAUCUCGCAAGGGAUCUACAAUUUCCCAGACUUCAAAUAAGACUACACUAACACCACCCACUUCUCGGAAGGGAUCAGUUGCUCCUCAGGAUGCUAAACAAAAACUACCUGAAAAAGAAUCAAAGCCAGCUGCUAUAUCAAUGCAAGAACAAAAGCCAGUAGAGAAAACCCCAGAUCCUCAACUGGCCAAACCUCCACAUGGUCCAGAGGAGUUUUCAAAAAACUGUCCACUUUGCAAAGAAACCCUUAGGAAGGACCCACAGAACUAUAACUCCUGUAGUUCUUGCAAGAAAUUUGUUUGUAAUCUCUGUGGAUUCAAUCCCAAUCCACAUCAAACCGAGGUGAAGGAGUGGCUAUGCUUGAACUGCCAGGUAAACAGAACUUCAGGACCUCCCCCUUCUCAGCCACAAUCACAAUCUAACAAAAUACAACCAGCAUCUCCACAAAAGACCCAAGAUCAACCUUCUCCAGAAAAUAAGCAGAGUGUUCCUGCCGGGCAGGACAAGAAACUUACAGCAGAAACUAAAAAACCUACAAUUACUCCUGAAUCAAAUGCUCAAAAGUCUAAAGGUGAUGAAUCUCCUUCCAAACCUGCUCUGUCAUAUAAAGUUGAACAGAAUAAGGAAGAGUCUGGUUUCUUUGGCUUUGGAGGUGCUCAAUCUCGGCCACCUUCUCCUCAGUCUGCUGUCUCUGAGAAAAUUCUGGGUUUUGGGUCCACCUUCCUCAGUUCAGCAUCUAAUCUGAUAUCCUCAGCCGUUCAGGAUGAGUCGUCCACCAAAACUCCACCAAGUUCUCGUAAGGGAUCCACUGUGUCCCAAAGUUCUAUUAAGACAACACCAACACCUCCAAUUUCUCGAAAAGGUUCAGAAGCUUCACAAGCCUCACAAGCCUCACAAAAAAUUAAACUGGCAGAAGAGGCCAAACUUACUGCUGUACAGAAACAGGAUGAAAAAAAUAAGACAGUGGAGAAUAAACCACAAGAUAAAAUGUCCAAAGAACCAGUCACUAAUGUGAAAAUUAACAAACCAGCCCUGGAGCUUCCAAAAGCCUGUCCACUCUGUAAAGUGGACUUAAAGAGGGAUUCUCCGAAUUAUAACACCUGCACUGAAUGCAAGAACACGGUGUGCAAUCUUUGUGGAUUUAAUCCCAUGCCACAUCAAAAUGAGGUUAAGGAAUGGCUGUGUUUGAACUGCCAGGAAAAGAAAGCACAAGGAUUUCCCUCUACCCAACCACAGCCCCAGGUUAGCAAAGCAUCUCAACCAACAAUACCGGAAAAAAAGGAGGCUAUCAUACCUACUCCAAUUUCAGUUUCUCCACAAAAUAAGCCAGAUGUCAUUGAGAAGAAAAUGACAUCAAUUGCUACAGAGAAUCAAGAGAACAAACCCACAGAAUAUGCAACACAACCAACUGAAAUGCCAAAACUUGAUCCUUCUCCUACAAAAUCUGCUCUACCACAGAAACCAGAACCUUCUAAAGAGGAAACAGGUUUCUUUAGCUUUGGUUUUGGUGGUGCUCGAUCUGGAUCCCCUCAGCCUCCUGGUACUGUUGUCCCUGGGAAGGUUCUGGGCUUUGGAUCCUCCUUUUUGAACUCUGCAUCUAAUCUAAUCUCCUCAGCCGUUCAAGAUGAGUCCUCAAAACUGCCACCAACUACUCAAAAGGCUUCAACAUCUGAAACAUCUGCAAAGACUGCAUCAAUACCACCUGCUAAUUUGAAAGGAUCUAUAACUUCUCAAAAAGUUCCACCUAAUGUUGACUCAAAAGCACCUAUAACAGAAAAACCGAAGGAGGUAAAAACAGAUGAGAAGCAGGUGCAACAGGCUACAGCAGAACCUGAAGCUUUGGUAGUAGCAGCUGUAGCUCCUAAUGCAGAGACCAAAACAUGUCCUCUUUGCAAAGUGGAUCUUAAUGUUGGUUCACAGGACACUCCUAACUACAAUGCCUGCACUGAGUGUAAGAACAUAGUUUGUAACCUCUGUGGAUUCAACCCAACUCCCCAUCAAACAGAGGCCAAUGAAUGGCUGUGUCUUAACUGCCAGACACAGCGAGCAUUAAAAGGAAUGGAACCACAAGGACCUUCUAAAAUAAAGACCAAUGAACAACUUGACAAUGUCUAUACCACAGCAAUGCAUCCAAGACCAGAAAGUACAACACCAGGGCCACCAUCAUUUGUCUCAACCAACAUGGUUUCUGAUGUUGCUGAAACCCAAAAGAAAGAGAUUCAAGCUGUGGCCAUCCCUGACAAAACUAAAAGCUCUGUUCCAGUGAAUGUCCAAAAGAAAGAAUCACCAAAACUACCAGAGAGUAACAUAAAAGCACAACCUGCAUCCUCUCAGAAGAAAGAAACAUCAGAUACAAAGAAAGAUAAAGAGACUGACACACUCUUAAAAGAGUCUGACAAGUCUCCAGAAAAAUCUGCUCCAGCUCCGCAGGCAGAACCACCAAAACAGGAACAGAGUUUCUUUGGUUUUGGAUUUGGUGGUCCUAAGGUACAACCUGCUUCCAGUAAGCCAUCUGAGUCAACCACUGGGAAACUCUUUGGCUUUGGUGGUCUGACAGAAACAGCUAGAUCUCGCUCACCCUCUCCACAGUCUGUUUCUGCUGUGUCUGGGAGAGUUCUGGGCUUUGGAUCCUCUAUAUUCAGCUCAGCUUCUAAUUUGAUUAGCUCAGCUGUUCAGGAUGAGCCUUCCACAACACCACCAACUUCUCGAAAAGGAUCCAUAGCUUCCCAGAUGUCUGCUAGGAAUACUCCACCCUCAUCUCGCAAAGGAUCUACAGUCGCACCAGACACUAGUAAAAUUCCACCUGUUGGAGACACUAAACCACAUGCAGCACAAGAUGCAGUAAAAACAGUGGAGAAGAAACCAGAAACUAAGCAAGUCACAGCACCCAAACCACCCCAAAAACCUGAUCCUAAAGAAGUCAAGACCAAUUGCCCAUUAUGCAAAGUGGAACUCAACAUUGGUUCUAAGGAUGCCAAGAAUUUUAACACAUGCACUGAAUGCAAGACAACAGUAUGCAGCCAAUGUGGAUUUAAUCCACUGCCUAAUCAAACAGAGGUUGAGGAAUGGCUCUGCCUAAGUUGCCAGGUACAACGGGCACAGGCAGGAAUAAAUACAUCUGAAAGUCCCAUAGUGAUACCUCAGCCAGUUCCUUUAGUGAUGGACAACCAAACUCCUUCCAAAGUUGACAAGGUAGCUACAGCACCAGUUAAGUCCAAACCUGAUGAGAAGCCCACCACAGCCACAGCUGAAAAGAAAGCAGCUCCCGCUCAGGAAAUAAAGAAAGAGAUCUCAAUUCCAGGCCCUCAACAAAAGACAGGCACUGGUGCCAAGACAACUGAUAUAAUCAUCCCUCGAAAAGAACCUCAAAAGCAAAAUAAUAAUCAACCAGAACCUGUGAAAACAGAACAACAGCCACUCAAAGAUACAACCACUCCUGUAAAAUCUGCUCCACCCACCGAGGUCAAACCCCCAAAACAGGAAUCAAAUUUCUUUGGUUUUGGAUUAGGUGGUCCUAAAGCACAGCCUGCUUCUAAAUCAUCUGAGUCAACCACAGGGAAGAUCUUCGGUGGCUUUGGUGGUCUGACAGAAACAGCUAGAUCUCUGUCACCCUCACCACAGUCAGUUUCUGCUGUCUCUGGGAAAGUUCUGGGCUUUGGAUCCUCAUUUUUUAGCUCAGCAUCUAAUCUGAUCUCUUCAGCUGUUCAAGAUGAGCCAUCCACAACACCACCAACUUCACGGAAAGGCUCCACGGUUUCCACUGAGUCUGGUAAAGCUACCACACAACCAGCUUCCCGUAAAGGCUCAGUGGCUUCUGCCAAGAAUACACCGCCGACAUCUCGCAAAGGAUCUGUUGCAACAGAACCCAACAAGGUACCUCCUGCAAAACAGACCAAGCCACCUGUUGAAAAGAAACCAGAGCAGCUCAAUGAAGACAAAGUAUCUGGGAUACCUACUUCAGAAAAGGAUAAACCUGAAACUAUACAGGAUAAAUUAGUAAAACAUCCUGAAAGUGUACAUCACCCAUCCACCUGCCCACUCUGUAAAGUGGAUCUUAACAUGGGCUCGACGGACCCUCCUAAUUGCAACACCUGCACUGAAUGUAAAAGUGUGGUAUGUCAUCUCUGUGGAUUUAACCCCAUGCCUCACCUUGCGGAGGCUGAGUGGUUGUGUUUGAAUUGUCAAACACAGAGAGCUAUAGCUGGGCAGCUGGGAGACAUGGGGAAAAUAUCAAUAUCUGACCCUGUAUCCACAAAAGACAAGCCUACAGUCACACCCAAAACACAGCUCUCUGAGACUCCUGCACCUUCACAGGAACCUACUCAAAAUUCCAAGACAAAACCAUCUCCUGGAAAGCAGGCAGAGGAGAAAACCACUGUUGGAAAGUCAGCUGUGACCGCUCCAGCAGUCCCUGCACCUCUCUCUGUUGUUCCAACCACAGAUAAGCUGCAGACUGAGAUGACAGCUGUGGUGGCACCAAUACCAGCUGCAGAGUCUCAGAAAGCUGUUAUUACUGCUGCUGAGGUCACUUUGAAAGAAACUGGCAAAGACAAAGUCCCAGAUGAGACACAAGUUGAUAGAGGAUCAAUGUCUACGCUUCCAGCAGUGCCAAUGGUUAAAGAGGAUACAUACACUCAUUCUGCAAAGAAUGGACAACAAGAAGAUGUUGAAAUACAAAUUGAUAGCAGUAUUUCAGAGAUUUCUAAAGUAGACAUCUUAAAAGCAGAUGUUAAAGGGCAACAAAGAAAGGACAUCAUGCCGGUUUCGAUAGAAUCAUACAGCUCAGCUGAGGAAGAGCUUAAGGAGAUACAGAGAGUCAGUGAAAUGGCCAUAAAAGAAACUGCUACAAAACUCUUACCUGUUAGAGCACAUGAUAGUGUAAAACAAUACCACGAGGACAGCAGUGAGAGUGAACACUCCCCUCAGAUACAGAGAAGAAGAGUGAUGCCUGCUUCCUCCAGCAGUGAGGACUACAAACUAGACAGUUCAAAUUCUGGAGAUGAUGAAGAGUUCAUAAGAAGACAACUUAUGCAUAUGGGUGAAGAUGAGAACUUACCAUCUGAUGAUGAAAACCAAGUCAGAGAAGAGCAACAAACACAGCAGGAAACCAGAGAGGCCGAAAAAUCUGAUGAUUCCAUAAAGCAUGCCCUAAAGAAACUUACUGUAGAACCUGAGGAGAUUUAUGAUAUCAGCCUGUCUUCUCAUUACCAAGAUGAUCAAGUUGCCCAAGUCAUCCCUGUUUCAGAAGCAUUGGAAGAAUCCAUAAUGAAAAUAGAUGAGUCAAAUGACAAUGAGAAUAUCACAACUACUGACACAGCUGUUGCCAUUACACAAAAAAAUCAUAUUAGACAGACCACAGAGGAGUAUGAGAGUCUGAUUGAAGACUUGUCCAAGGGUGAUGGGUCUUCCAGUGUUCAGGUAUCCAGCAUUACGCCAGGAACAGCUUCUCCUACUUCUGUGUCCUCUAUUGAUGAAGACAGUGACAGUAGCCCAAGUGAUAAAAAGGCAAGAGCAGAGAGUAAACAGCAAAGAAAGGCAAAACACAGACCACACGGCCAGGCUCUUCCCACUGUAGAGGACUCGUCUGAGGAAGAUGAGUUACGUGAGGAGGGUGAUCAACAGAUGGAGCAGGAAGAUGAACGUGAUGAUCAGCAGCAGUUAAGAAAGGUCACAAAAAAAUUAAAGACAGAACGAGAUGAUCUGGGCAUGCAAAGGAGACGUGAUCAUUUGACUAAAACUGAUAAAUUACAACUGGUUGCAGGGAUGGAGGAACGCAAGUCUUCCUCCUCUGAAUUUUCACCUAGUGUUGAAUCUGAACCAGAGGAUGUAGAAUACAGAACAUUAUCAUAUGAAACACAUGAUGCUGCAGAUAAUCCAUUAAAGAGUGCUGAAGAGGUAUAUGAGGAAAUGAUGGAGAAAGCACAGGAAUACGAAACAUCAGAGAAAUGCACACCACCUGAUAUUGAACCAUUAUAUGGAGGCAUGUUAAUAGAGGACUAUGCUUAUGAAUCUUUAGUUGAGGAAAAAGACCAGGCUGCAACAGGUUUUGGUAAAGUCACCCAUGAGCAAGAUUUCAGAAAGAUGUCUGAGCAUGAGUCGGUCAGGAUACUUAUGACACCAGAUGAGGCUUAUGAGGAAAUGAUGCAAAAAAGGAACAAGAUCUCGCAAACAGAAGAGGAGGCUCAGCAAACACAUACAUCAAAGGUCGACAAAUCCUUGCCACUUUAUGCCAGUGACACUUGUUAUGUGACUAUUUCUGGAAAUGAUGCUCUUACUUCAGAUAAAAAUGCAAAGCCAAUGUUGCAAACAGAGGAUGCCUAUGAAGAGCUACUUAAAACACAAAAAGAUGUUUUAACACCAGGAUCAAGUCCAACACAAUCAACUCCUGUGUCUCCCAUCUCACCUCUGACUGUGUCUGAGUCAUCAUAUGAUUCCCCCGAGGUGAUACUCAUCCCUUCAAGUGGGGAAGAAGACAACCUAACUGAACCUAUUGAGUGCAUUUUGCAGCCUUACAUUACAGAGUCAACAUCUACUCAGGAUGUAUCUGUGUACAAAGCUUUAUAUCCAAUUCCUGACUUAAAGAUCACUCAGUGCUCGUCUGGUGAAGAGGAAGUUGAAGAGGAGGACAGUGUCACACAAGAAAAAAUGUCACCUGAGACAAGUGAUAUUUCUCAAAGUGAAGGGCAACCUCAAACCCCAGAAGAGACAUUUGAGUCUGUUCCCAUUUCUGUAAUCUGUGAAGUUCCUUCAUCAAAAAAUGUUGUGGAGACAUCAGCAAUAUCACCACUGUCUCCUCCGACAUCCCCAGCAGUCUCAUCCCCAGAUUCAAAUAUAGAACUUUCAGCAGGACGGUCAUCAUCCUCUCCAGUUUCUGACCAGACAUCUACUCCAGCUAGCCCCAGUGUUGCUGAUAUUUCUGCCCCAGUUGUAAUUCACAUGCCGGACUUUGUGUCAGAGCAAGCCACAACCUACGUUUCACUUGCAACUGCUCCUAUUGCAUCUUCCACACAGAUUAUUGGAUCCCCUUCACCAGACAUUGCAGCCUCACCACAUGUCUCAGAAAACUCUGGCACUUCGACUGAAACUUCUAAAGUUCUUGUUGCAAAGCCAACACUAGGUCCAAAACCAAAAAUGGCUCCAAAACCAACAGUAAUACCAAAGUCUACACAGGAAACAGUCCCUACUCCAGAUAGGGUUUCUUCCCAUACACUGUAUUCAGCUCAAAAACCUUUGGCUGGUGCAAUACAUGAACCAACUCCAGUUGUUAAAUCAGCCUCUACAGACAAACAAACUGUUGCACCAAUGACUCAACCAAAUGUAGAGCAUGUGAAAACCCCUACAACUACUGUUGCUACACAUAUUGUUCAAUCUCAAGAAGCACCUUUAAUAGAAACUUAUGUUGUUGUUCAAAUGCCAGAUCGUGUGCCCCCUGCAUUAGAGCAUCCAGUUCUAGAACAAACUUCAGUUUCAGAGCCUACAUUGCCAUUCACUGCACUCAAGAAUCAGAUUCCUACAACUACCCCCAUUGUUGCCCAAAUGCCUGACCUGGUCACAUCUCCAUCACAGUCAAUCUCUGUGACUAGUCCAGUACCUUAUCAAACCUAUGCCCCACUUCCAGCGACAGUUUCAGCAGUGGAUCAAGCACCUAUUUCUGUUCCAACUUUGGUAUCAGCCUCAAUACCAGCAAAUAUUCUCUCUACAGAGCAAACCAGCUCAGUUGUUGAACAAGUGGCCACACCACCACCUCCCUGUACCACUAUACCAGCUUUAGCAAGAGGCACUCAGCCACCGGCCAGUGUUUCUAUUCAAAUUCCUAUUCAGAGACCAGUGAUAACCAGAUCAGACAUGGCACCCACAUUAGGCCAAGCAGCCCCUAUUUCACCUCCAACAGAUCACAGAGAGCAUAUUGCUGAAAAGACAGUCUCUGUUGUUUCUCCUACUAUUACUACAACUGUUGCUUUUGGAGCUUCAACCUCCCAACCAGUUCAAUCUAUACUGGCUGAUAUUCAGCCAAGGAUGGCAGAAAUACUGCAGAAAAAAUUAUCAGAUGAUGCAAUUUCUUCACAACAAUCAGUUUCACAAAUCAUUUAUCCUAAUGUACAGACACAGGAAGAUCAAGUUGCUGUCAGACUGCCAAAUCUUGAAAAUGUGGUGGGUAAAACAACUAUUGAAGAUGGGAGAGGCCACCCUGUUAUUGUUUGUGUUUCUCCUUUUACUUAUCCAGCCACAGUAUCAAGUUUCAUCACUGAUUCAACAGUUCAACCUUGUAUGGCAUCUGCAAAACCUCAUGUGUCUCAAGAAAGAACAGAUAGACCAGUGAUUUCAUUUCCACCACCUCCCACAGCUUCACCACCAGAACUGCCAUAUAGGACAUUGCCUAAGGCUGAUUUUAACCAGCAAAAAACUGUUUCAACGCCCUCAUCCGUUACAGUAACUCUACCUGAACCCCCAGCAAAUAUGGCCAACAUGACUGCAAUGACAGUUGUGACCCCAACACACAAAUCACCACCCCCAGUUCCCCCCAGACCUGUCUGUAUUCCCCCAGGACUGGUAUUUAGUCACAGAUCAAGAGAGAGCGUAAAGCCACCGGAACCAGAACCAGUAGUUGUUCAAGCAGUUCGUGCUGCAACUAUGCCAAGAACAAGAGAACCUCCAAAUGCAUUGUCACUAAGUUUGGCUGCCCCUGUAGAGACCAAGCACAGUGCUUCAUCACCAAAAUCGCCCUUGUCACCCAGAUUUGCUAGAACUCUUGAAACGUAUGUGGUGAUAACAUUACCAUCAGAACCAGGAUCACCUGUGGAGGGCAUUACAACUCAAGCACAUAUGGGAAGAUCAUCACUGCCAAGUCCCAGGCAGCAGGUUCCAUAUGAUCCUCCAAGAAUGUUUGCUCCAGCCGUAGUGGAUGCACCCGUGUCAUUAAUUUCAGCACAAAUUAUAGCAGCCCGACCAAAGGCUAUCUCAGCUUUAAAUGCAGCAGCUCCCUGUGUGGUGAUGGCACCUGACUUUGCUUCAGUCACAAUGGAGACUCAUUAUAUCACUCCAGCUGUAAAUUCAACACAAAGUAUUACAGCACCGUGUGUAACAGUUCCAGAGAUGCCACUUGCUUCUGUACAAACAUCGGUUUCAGUACCUCUUGUAGUGGCAUCAUCAGAAGUAGCACAGAAUACGAAUAUUGUUUCUCAUCUCUCAAUGGAGAAAACAGUGCACUUCCCAUCUGUGAAUAUUACAUCACAUGAUGCAGCACCAGUUGUAAUGGCAUCUGCUGCUAUGAUUUCGGCAGCACCUGUUGCAGUAGCACCAGCUCCACCACCACCCAUUGCCAUGGAACCAACAUCCUAUCCAGCAAUGAUGUACACCACACCUUCCAUGGGUUCUAAUCUACCCAUGCCUUCAGCCUCACCAUCAGCCAAGGUGCCAGUAGCCUUAACCCCAGUGUCAGGAGUUUCUGCUGAGUCUGUUGCUCAGCAUACAGUGAGUGAUGUACGACAAGAACUUGAGAUGCAACAAAUACUAACAACAUAUUCUGUACCAAUAACAAUAACCCAGAUUCCAAUCCCAGCUCAGAAUGAAGACAUUCCUGGUUUGGAUAUGGAAGAAGUACUAAUAGUCUCGGCUUCAGAAGAGGCAUUGACUGACGUGGAUCCCUCACCAGCUCCAAUAAAACAGCCGGAUCCCUCACCAGUUUCAAUAAAACAGCUUCAAGAGCAGCAAACAGUUUAUGAGCAAAAACAAGAAACUCAAUUAGUGACUUCUGCAAUAGCUGUGCCACCAUUACCAGUCACAUUUACCCAAUUUACGAAAUCUAUUGAGAGUCAAGAAAUACAUGGACAAGAUAAAGUUAUAUCAAGCAUGAGCCAAGUCUACUCUGCAAUCUCAACAACUGAGCAGCAUCCUGACACAUUGCCUAAUAUUGUUACCCAAGUUGUCACAACUGAAGUGCAAAGAACAACUGUGUCAGUUGUCCAGGAGAGGAUUCCUGUCGAACCAAUACCUGAACCUGUGAUUGCUACAGUCACAGUCCAGCCAGAAGUCCAUUCUAAGCCCAAACAGAAUGGAAAAAUACACUACGCUGGUGAUGUUAUAGAUCUUACUACUUUUAAAGUCAAUGUUACAAUGACUGAUCAAGGGAUGGAUCUAACAGCCCCAGAUUCAAAUAGGUCUUCCUUGUCAAGUGAAUCAAGUGGACGACAGGCAACUGCUGUACAGCCAGAAAUUGUGAAUCUAAGUGCUGAAAUAAUCCCUACUACAACACUCUCUGUUGUUACUGAUAGCAUAACAAUUGUCACUUGCACAGCUACAAUUGCCUACAACAAUAACACAGUUGACAAGCCUCUGGACCUGGGAAAUGCUGCUUCAGGUCCACUUCCACUUACCGCAUACAAUCCAUUUGAGCCACUUGCACAGAUAGUGUACAGACCUGUGAAUACUCAACCUAAGCCAACAACCAGUGCAGAUAUUCCUAUUAAUCUGUCAUACAGAGCUGUGUCAAGCACAUCUUCUCCUCUAAUGCCUGUUUCUGUAAAUGCCACUGCUGGUAUGUCAAUGCAUACAGAGUCAUCAACAGCUGGACCUGUAGACCUCACCAUUUCUAAGACAAUGAAAACCAUGGUUGCUUUGUCCUCAUCUUCUGGAGUGAUUACAACUGUUGUGGAAGAUGAUGGUACACCAGUCGAUCUUACAUCUGGAAGGCAAACUGUUUGCUGUGAUGUAAUUUACAGGCUUCCUUUCACAGGAAGCUGCAGAACACAGCCACCUGUGACCACACAACCAGACAAUCAAAUUGGCUAUCAAAUUAAUAUUGCCACAACACCUGUUAUUGAAGAUCUCAGUACCAUGAAGGCUUCGAUAUCAAACAGUAAUUUCAAAGAAACUGGGCUCUUUGGGUAUGAAAUAAAGAAUGGAUUCACCUAUCAGAAUGGGGCAUCUGAGGGGGCUAUAGAUUUAACAUCAGCUAAAAUGUCAACAGAAGAGGCCUUAGACUUCUCAAAGAAAGGCACUUUGGAAUUUACCGGGAUCACCACUACUCCAUAUUCUCAAGGAACAUUGUUUGGCAUUAAUAGUUUGCUAAGAUCGACAAAUGGCAUCGUUUACUCAUCUGUUGCUGCACCUGUUCCCUCCACGUAUGCAAUUACUACCCAACCAGGUUCAAUAUUUAGCACAAUGUACAAUAGUCUGACUGAUACUACGGAGCCAUUUUCAGCACUUCAAAAUCAGCCUGCUCCAUAUGGAUUUGUAAACACCACAGGCACAGACCAAUCAAUAUUCCCACAAUCUGAUAUAGCAAAUGAUAUCCUACCUUCUGCAUUAGCCAGUCUCCUUCCCUCAUUGACUGCCUUCCCUGAGCUCUACUCAGAUGCUACACUUGAGGCAAUAGCAGCCUCCCUGGAUACACUGGUAUCACCAAAUUUCCUUGAUUUAGAUGACAGCAAAAGCCAACAGUACAAGGCUGAACAUGAGUUUUUACAAUUAGAAAAGUUGAAGCAGCUGUGUCUAGCUGAAGAGCUUGAAUGGGAGAGGCACGAGAUACAGCGUUACCGUGAACAAGAGCAGAUCAUUGUUCAGAAGGAGCUGGAGGAGCUUCAGAACAUGAAGCAGCAACUUCUAAUGCAGAAAGAAGAGGAACGCAAGGCCCAUCUGAUUCUUCAACAAGAAACCUUUGCACAGCAGCAACUUCAGUUAGAGCAAAUCCAUCGAUUACAGCAGCAACUCCAGCAACAACUAGAAGAGCAAAAGUUACACCCAUAUGGGUUUAGGCCAAGUGAGGGUAUUUCACCACCCAUGAGCUCAGACAUUAUUCUUGACUCAAAAUAUUCUGGGGGAGAUAAUGGGCAGUACUGGCCAGUGAAGGAUGACAACUCAAUGUCAUCUGCAGUGUCCACCCAUGACUCUAGAUCAGGUCAAAACUGGCUAACAACUUCUGGGGCUUUUACACAGUAUAGUUCAAACACUCCUGUAUCAGUGAGUGCACAGACAAAGGAGAAGUUGCAGUUAUCCACAAACCUGCCAGAUACAGCCAGACAAGAGCAAAGUGUAGAGUUAAGUGGUAAGAAAUUGGUUGAGAGUAGUGUUCAAACAGAUGAUGAAGAUGGUGUUGAGAAGAUUCCUUCUGGUAGAAGGAGAAGAAGUAGGAGAAGCGUAGAUAGCUGUGUGCAAACUGAUGAUGAAGAUCAGGAUGAGUGGGACGUCCCCAUUCGGAGCAGACGCAGGUCUCGUUCCAGUAGAUAUGUUGAUGGAGAGAAGGGUAAAAGCUCCAAGGUUUCAAGUAUUGCAAUUCAGACUGUAGCAGAGAUUUCGGUACAGACAGAGCAUUCAGGGACAAUUAGGAGAUCCCCUGUUCGGGCUCAGGUGGACACAAAGGUAGAUUUACACAGAGACGGUCAAACAGAAAGCGAUUCAGAUAUAACAUCAGACAGAGAUAAAAUAUGUCAAACGCCUGCUGUGAUAAGUGUUAGCACACACCUGACAGCUGAUGACGUUGGAAGCUUGUUAGUUACCAAAUCUCCAAAGGUAUUAUGCUCCCCAGUUUCACCAGUGUCCCCUGGGAAAAGCUCACAGAAGAUGCUUACUGCUGAUUCAUCAAGGCUUCUCAGUAGUCCAAGAUCACUAAGGGCCUCACAACGAUCUCUGUCUGACCCCAAGUCACUCAUUCCGACAACUGAGGACAGAAUGAUGUACCAGUACUCAGACACCUAUUCAAGCAAAGGUUCUCAGAGUGGCACACCAGUUGGCACUCAGAAGAAAGUAAAACGCACACUACCUCACCCACCACCGGAAGAAGAUACCAUCAUUGGCCUGUCUGAGUACACCACUGCUUCUGCCAGAAGGCGAAUGUGCAGGAACACCACUAUGGCACGGGCCAAAAUCCUUCAAGACAUAGACAAGGAGCUGGAUUUAGUUGAACGUGAGUCCUCAAAACUUCGUAAGAUACAGGCAGAACUUGAUGAGGAGGAGAAAGAGAUAGAUGCUAAAUUGAGAUAUCUGGAGAUGGGUAUAAAUCGAAGGAAAGAGGCUUUACUGAAAGAGAGAGAGAAGAGGGAGAGAGCCUACUUACAAGGAGUGGCAGAAGAGCGAGACUACAUGUCAGAUAGUGAGGUCAGCAACAUCAGAGAGGCUCGAGGUAAUGGUCAUGGACUAGAACGGCCACGGACUGCCCCACAGUCAGAGUUUAACCAGUUCAUCCCACCACAGACUGAGGCUGAGUCCCAGUAUGCACAACUUACAAGCCCAUACUCCCAUUAUCAAUAUGCAUCCCAAACAAGUCAGUAUCCUCAGCAGACGUUGUACCAGCAGCAGUCUCUUUACCAUCAGCAGGUGUCCCCCUACCAAUCCAUCUACUCAUCAGUCCCCUCACUCAAUCAGCAGUCCCAGCAGACUGGCUAUGACCAUUCCUCACUCCUUCUGAUGCAACAGAAACCCCGUCAGACUACUUUGUCUGACUUAGAGCCAAAGAUAACGACAAACUAUGAGGUUGUACGCAACCAGCCCCUCCUAAUUGUCCCUACAUCCACAGAGAGUGUCUAUGGAGUUUCCCACCUCGGUGGUAAAUACAGUAGCCUUGAUCUGAGGAUGGGCCUGGAAGAGAGAGCCAGCAUGGCCAGCAGCCCCAUGUCCAGCAUAUCAGCUGAGUCCUUCUAUGCAGACCUCGAUCAUCACAAUGCCAGGAACUAUGUCCUGAUUGAUGACAUCGGUGAACUCACAAAGAGCUCAGCGGGCCUAAGUUCAAGCUUCAGUAUCGCAGAUAAGGAUAUCAGCAAAGCGGACAGACUUCUCCGGACUGCUGAUGUUCGUCGAACAGCAGAUGUGGCAGACUUUCUUGCUCCUCUUCAGGCUGCUUCCCGGCUGCAUUCGUACGGUAAAGCUGACGAGGAGUCAAUGGAGGAGCCAUAUGAAUUGAAGAUGUUGAAACAGCAAAUUAAGCAGGAAUUCAGAAGAGGUACAGAUAGCCUUGAACAGCUUACCGGUCUGCCUCACUACCUGCACUCUGACACUAGUUUUAGACAUUUCCCUAAAGCUGAAAAAUACAGCAUUGGGAGACUAACUUUAGAAAAGCAGGCUGCCAAGCAACUGCCUGCCUCAGUUCUUUACCAAAAACAGUUAAAGAAUAAAAAAGCUCUAAUUGACCCUAAAAUUAAGUUUUCACCUAUUCAAGAGAGCAGGGACCUUGAACUAGACUACAGCAGCUUUUUGGCUUCAGCCAGCUCAUCAGUUGGUGGACUGUCUGCCAGGGCAAGGCUCCUGCAGGAUGAGAUCACAUUUGGUCUUAGGAAGAACCUAGUGGAGCAACAGAAAUAUUUGGGUUCAGCUCUUAAUCCUAACCUGGCUCAGUCACUCAACUUUGGUCAAUCUCUCAACCUAGGACCUACCAUAAGGUCUUCCCUCCAUGAUGAUGGCACCUAUCCCAGCGGCACUCGGUCAAGACCUUCCUCUAGGCCUUCCUCUGUAUAUGGACUGGACCUAUCUAUCAAAAGAGACUUAUCAAACUCCUCUCUACGCCUGAAAACAGAGGGUGAAAGCAUGGAUUCACAGUUUGUAUCUAGGGCUAAACCAACAAGUCUGCCAAUUAGUCAGAGCAGGGGUCGGAUUCCCAUUGUUGCACAAAACUCAGAAGAAGAGAGUCCAUUGAGUCCUGUUGGUCAGCCCAUGGGCAUGGCCAGAGCAUCUGCAGGCCCACUCCCACCCAUCUCAGCAGACUCAAGGGACCAGUUUGGCUCCAGUCACUCUCUUCCAGAAGUCCAACAGCACAUGAGAGAGGAGUCCAGGACAAGUGGCUAUGAACGAGACAUUGCCUUUAUAAAGGAUGACCUUCAGGGGGCCAUGUCAGAUAGUGAAGCUGGAGGUCCUAGCUGGAAUGUGAAAGCAUAUCACCUUCAGCAUGAAGAGACUGACUGGUUUGACAAACCCUGCCAGGGACGUGGUGGACCAGAAGCCGGGCCAGACAGAAGACAGAUAAAAGGCAGCUAUUACCCUUUCCCACACACUCAUAUCAAACUGCAACGGGACCCCAAGGACCACAGCAUCUCAGGGAGAGGGCUGGGAAUCAGAGUUGUGGGCGGAAAAGAGAUUCCAGGGACCAACGGAGAGAUCGGAGCCUACAUCGCCAAGGUUUCAGCAGGAGGAUGUGCCGAGCAAACGGGAAAAGUUGUUGAAGGAAUGCAGGUUAUGGAGUGGAAUGGAAUCUCUCUGCUGGGAAAGACAUAUGAAGAGGUGCAAAGCAUUAUGGGUCAACAGUAUGGAGAGGCAGAAAUAUGUGUGCGCCUGGACCUAAACAUGCUCUCCAACACAGAGCACCCACAACAAUUGGAGCUCCAUUCUCAGCAGAGAGCUGGUGAGCGUCAGCGCUCUCCAGGUGUAGACCCAAAGCAGCUGGCUGCAGAGUUGCAGAAGGUGUCCCAGCAGCAGGCUCCUGUCUCAGUGCUGUCUGCUCUGGAGAGAGCGGGACACUUGCACUCUGGCACCGGAUCUGCCGCUUCCAGUGGCGUCCCUAGCCCUGGACAACCCGGGUCCCCUUCCGUCAACAAGAAGCGCCAUGGUAGCAAGUCAGCAGAGGUUCUGAAGCCACAACCGCAUCCAAUCACUGGUGAAAUACAACUUCAAAUCAACUAUGACAGGAAUAUGGGCAACCUGAUUGUUCAUGUGCUGCAAGCAAGAAACCUCGCUCCUAGAGAAAACAAUGGAUACACAGACCCUUUCGUUAAGGUCUAUCUCUUGCCAGGGAGAGGACAAGUCAUGGUUGUCCAGAACGCAAGUGCUGAGAACAAGAGAAGGACUAAAUAUAUCCAGAAAACUCAGAACCCAGAGUGGAACCAGACCGUCAUUUAUAAAAAUAUCCUUCUGGAGCAGCUGAAGAAGAAAACUCUGGAGGUUACUGUGUGGGAUUAUGACAGAUAUUCCUCAAAUGAUUUCCUGGGAGAAGUGCUCAUUGAUCUUUCAAACACGACUCAGCUGGAUAACACACCUCGCUGGCACCCCCUAAAGGAGCAAAGCGAGAGUAUUCAACAUGGAAGGACCCACCCUCCACAGGGGCCCAGCGGCUCUGGGGGACUCGGAGGUCAGGGAGGGCCAGGAGGUUCUGGAGGUCAAGGAGGGCAACCGGAGAACCACCAGUCCCCUAAAACCUCUGUCAUCAAAAGCCAAAGUCAUGGCAUUUUCCCUGAUCCCGCUAAAGACACACAGGUCCCUACAAUAGAAAAGUCUCACAGUAGUCCCGGCAGCUCCAAAUCUUCCUCUGAGGGUCACUUGCGCUCCCACGGCCCCUCACGCAGCCAGAGCAAAGGCAGCGUCACCCAAGCACACCUGGAAGAAGCCGGGAACGCCAUCGCUGCAGCCGAGGCUGCGGUGCAACAGGCCCGACUCCAGCCAAAUAAAACAAACCACAGAAUGCUUGAUGGGGAUGGAUACACUCUGGACAGUGAAGAUGGCAUGGGCACUAAUGCUUUGGACAGCGCCAUAUUUCAGGUCCCUCAGCUGAAAAACAUUCCUAAUGGGACAGAUAAAAGCAGAGGAGUUGAAUCUUUGAACCUGCCAGAUUCGGAAGGUAAGAUGAUGGGUGAGAUCAAGGUUGCAUUGAAGAAGGAGAUGAAGACUGAAGGAGAGCAGUUGGUUCUUGAGAUCCUGCAGUGUAGAAACAUCACCUACAAGUUCAAAUCUCCAGACCACCUACCCGACUUGUAUGUAAAACUUUAUGUGGUGAAUGUGGCAACUCAAAAGAAGAUCAUAAAGAAGAAGACCCGAGUGUGUCGCCAUGACAGAGAGCCAUCAUUCAAUGAGACAUUUCGUUUUAACCUGAAUCCCGUUGGCCACUCUAUUCAGAUGUUUCUGGUGUCAAAUGGAGGGAAGUUUAUGAAGAAGACCCUGAUAGGUGAGGCCUACAUCUGGCUGGACAAAGUGGACAUGCGUAAGCGGGCGGUCAGCUGGCACAAGCUAGUGGCCACCACCAAUCAAACGCAGCCAUAAUCAGACGCCCAUCCGUCUCCCAUCGGUCGCCUCAAAAAAAAGAGAAAUAAAACAGGAAACGGUGGGUUUGGGAAUCUGGAAUGGCUGACAGGUGAUGGAAAGAGAAAAUCAAGGUGAAGAAAUAAACUGACUACUGUGUCGAACAGUCUGCAGGGUGAGACUGCUGGUUUUCUAACUGAAAAGUGUACUCCAAAUUCCCAACCAUUCCCAAUCAGGAUAUCUAAAUCCAUUUCCACUCCCCAUGCACUGCUGUUGUCUUUUUGCAACUACAUUCUACAUCUAAAAUAUCUUAGGCAUGGGCCAAUUAUUACUUGAGAUUUUCUACAUUUCAAUGCCAUUUUAGCUGUCAUCACAUGUUCAUGGUCAUAUUUCUCAAAAAAACAAAAAAAAAACAUUAUUUACAUUGAUAUAAACGUAGCAUAAUUUAAAGUUUUUGACACAAUCAUGUGAUAUAUAAUGACCAUAUCAGACUAUGUUAUGCACUGUAUGGAGGUUAUACUGUAAGGAAGAAAGACAAUCGUAAAUAUAAUGGAUUUCCCUUUUUGAAUGCAGCAUCCAACCGCACACAAUUUAAGAUUCCUCUGUUUAUAUUGUCUUGAGUGUCGUCUUCAACGUUUAGGGAAUGUUAAAACUUCAGACUGACGUCAGCAGUUGGAUACGGAUGGCUCAUUGAAGUUGAGAUGAUUUUCACGCAACCUUCUUGAUGUUUGUUGGAUGCUAAAUGAGGGCGUACUUUGUUUUUUAGCAUCUCAAGCCCUCAAAUUAGGUUCUCUGAAGUUAAAGGGCAUCUAGUCUCUGUCCAGAAAUAUGAUUGUACGUGUCCCUGAUAUGUGUUUGUUUUAUGAAGAGCAUCUUGAAGUAAAUGUCAUGUUAGUGGUCUGAUGUUGUCACCAAUAGUCUCCGUUUUGUGACCAAGUUGUAUGUGGAAUCCAAAUAUGCAAAAAAAAAAAAAAAAAAAAAGAAUGAACGUAUACCUUUUUGGCAUUUAUAUAAGGGUUCUGGCUCAAUUGGCUCGACUAAAAUCCAGAUGUAAUGUUUGUUGUUUAUUUAAAUGGUGCAAGGUGUCUGUCCUUUGUCACGUGUCACUGUUCCAUGGUGGUACACUUUUUAAUAUUGUUUUUCUGCUGUAAAGUUCAUCUGGUCAUGUCAGUUUAGCUAUGAAGGAUGGUUAUUUUUCAUUAUGAUCACUGCCUCUGCACCAUAUCAGUGUAUAGGUACACUAGUAUGUGCCAUUGAUGGAUUAAGGCACAUGGUUUUGUCUGUCUAGGUCCUGAAAACACCAGUCAGUAAUUUUCUAACUUAACGGUCAGUGUUUCCAAGAUCAAUAUAUCAGUGGACAUGUCUCACACAUGGAAACAGAGUGUUUUAUAACCUGGCUAAUAAAACGUACUCCAACAUUUCCAUUUUAUUUAAUCUACAUCUUGCACAGGUGGUGCACAGAUGUACCUGAGUAAAAGGUUGCUGUCAUAGUAAGAUAAACUAUCGUGUGCCAACCUGAUGUUUUAACCAAACCACUGGUUCUGUUUGGGUAAAUCUAUGCAACAUGGAUUAUGUUCUUUGAAUGCAUAUACCUUAACAUGCGGCAUCCGGCGAGUGUCUGAAUAUAUGUAUAUCUGUUAAAGAAAACAAGACAUAAAUUAUAUGAAUAUUGUAUAGUGUUUAUUUUUAUUUAUUUAUUUUUACUUACUCUUUAUGGCACAGUACAUAUUAAUGCACUUUACGUUCUUGUUUUCAUAGGUUUCCAAAUGUCAUCAUAAAUAAUGACAAAAGAAAUAUGCUGACAUACCAGAAAAAUUGGUAAAAAAUAAUCUGUGCGUAUUUUAAACAUCAUAAUGCAUAUUUUAUAUUGCGUAUAAUUAUGUUGGCCAAUCAAAACCUGUUACAAGUCAUUGUCAUACAUUUUUCACCUAUAGCAUCACACCUUUUGAAAGUUUUUUCUUCAGUUGUUCCCUUUAAGCAAGCACAUAUCAUUUUUUGACUACUAAAAAUGAUCUUCUAUUCUUAUAUUACCCCAUUUCUUUUAAAAUCACGAUGCGUUUGAUGAAUUCAGUUGCCGUAAAUAGUGUGAAUGUGAUUUUUUUGAUUUUGUAAAUAUAUAGGAUAUUUUCUACGAAAAAAAGUCUGAAUAUUUAUUUGGUCUGACGUUGAGCAUGUGAUUGUGAUCAAGGUCAAACUCUGUCUGUACAUACUGUAUUUGUCUAACUGUGUAAGAAAGUAAUAUCUGGAUUGGUUUAAAAUCAUGUGUUCGAUCAACCCAUUCCAACCUGUUUGAUGAAAUCAACAGCGUCUCUCAGAAUGAAAACGGUAAGGUUUAAAAAACAAAAAGAAGAAAAAAAGGAAAAAAGACAACACAAAAUUUCCUGUCAAAUUGAAUGUUGUCAAAGAGUUUCUAUGUUUUUACAUAGAUGUUGCAUGUUUUGUUAGAUGUUUGUUGAUAUAUUUUGCCUCCAGAUUCAGUUUAAAAAGAGAGAAAAAUUGAACACAUCACCUGAAUUUGUAUGCGGACUGUAAAAAUGCUUGUAAAAUGAGUCUUGUUUUUCACUUCGUGUAAAAAAAAAGUAGAAAAAAACUCUAAUGUUAUGGUUUUGUGGUUGUCCACAGGAUGUCAUGAAAUUAUGCAAAUUGUGCAGUAGAGAAAAGAUAAUAUAUGAAAAAUAAGAAAAAUAUAAAAAACUUUCUCCCUGCGUCCAAAUAAUAAAGAAUAGAUUCUA